AUGCUACCGAAUAUUAGGGUUCUUUUAAUAUUUCAUAAACUAGUUUGGCCAGGGUACAGGAGGCGGGGCUUCGUUUAUCCCACCCCUUCUUGGGUUUCUUUUUGAUAGGGUUUGCGAGGAUCACGCGUGCACCAUAAGGAUUCAAUUAUGGGGUAUUCAUAUUUAAUUAAUAUGGUGUACUGUACUAUCGACGAACGGUUUUGAUCCUUGUAGAGUGGUUUGAUUUGAUCCUCUGUGAUUUAUUUAAACCUAGAUUAGAUAAAAGUCGAUGUAAUGAUAACGUUCAAGAUAAAUAUUCGAGCAUUAUUUGUUAUGAUAGGAUAUGAACUACGUAGACUGGGUUUUGGGUAGGUUAGGUAAUUUAUCUAAAGAGAUGUUAAACAUCUCAUCAGAUAAAGUACCAAAACAAAUAAAUUUAUUCUGAUUCUGAUAAAAUAAUUAAAAAUUUAAAAGGUUUUUUUGGGAUUUACGGGAAAAGCUUCUCAACGCAUAAGAUAAUUAAAAAUUAUUGAUGACAGCUGAUUUAAAAAUAAUUCAGGUUCAAACUUGUCAAUGUUCAACGAUGUGAAAACUUGUUGGAUUCCAGAGAAUAACAGUAAUAUUUCCAUACCUCCAUUAUAAAACCUGAAUUAUUUAUCAGAAAAAAAAUCAAAAUACACACACACCGCACACAUGCAUACAAAACAGUAACCAAAUUGGAUUUAAUGAGACAGAUAUUAGGGAUGUUACGUGCCAUACAAAAUUAUUCAUAGCUACUAAAAUGCUCCAUUCAUUUUUUUUGCUCUCAACUAACACUGGGGUUGACGGCUCACCGACAAAGGGGUGGGCCGGGCCAAAUAAUUGCCAAAACGCUUCGAGAACCAUUGUGUUUAUUUACAAUAGGGUGCACUAAGUGGGGGUAGUUUUGUAAUUGUUACUUUUAGGAGAGUCGCACCCCAUAUUCAGUAGUGAACUGGAGUUCGAAGCGAAAGCUACACCAACAUGUCUCGGUCGUUCUUAGUCGAUACUUUGAUAAGUGAUACGAAGGAUUGCAAGAAAAAUGAACUGUCUAGUGAACCUAUACACCCUUACGCGUUGAUCGGUCACCACUUGGAUCCGCGUCCGAAGUUUCUGCCGUACCCUUACCCAGGGAACUUGAACAACCUUCUGAACAUCGGGCUUCAUCAGCAACGCUCACCGGAUUUGUUCAGACCAUUUUUGGAACAUCUCAAUUUCCGAUACCCUCUUCUUCAUCAACUACCGCGUCAAGAUUAUUACGAAGCGCAAACAGACGCUAAGCCUUUUGAAGGAUAUUUGAAAACUGAAGAGCAAGAGCCUGUUAAUUUUGUUAGCAGAAGGAAGAAGUCUGUGUCGCCUUACUUGCAUCAUCCUUAUAAAACAACAAUUUCGCCGUCGAAGAGUCAAGGUCAGAGGUCACCGUCGCUAUCCAGCGAGAGCCGAAACGGAACACCCAGCCCUCCUCUAGGCCACCCAGAGGAACUCCUACCAGGAUACUCAAACGACCUUAAACGUGUGCCGCUAAAAGAAGAUUCCAGCAAAAGAAUAAGAACAGCCUUCACAGGCACCCAACUACUAGAGUUAGAGAGAGAGUUUACAAUGAACAUGUAUCUGUCAAGGUUGAGGAGAAUAGAAAUCGCUUCGAGGCUGAAGUUAUCGGAGAAGCAGGUCAAGAUCUGGUUCCAGAACCGCCGCGUCAAGUUGAAGAAGGAGGAGUCUCCGAUGUCGGAAUCCCGGUCUAAGAAGUGUUGCUGCUCCAAGAGCUCGUGCUCAUCAAAGAACCAAGAAGCAUGUGAUCAAGAACAAAUAGACGUGGUCAGUGACAACGACACUAGUUAUGAAGCUCAAAAUCUUUCACAAUACCCUUGAGAAAUGACGUCACAAGUCAAGUGAACUUUAAUGAACUGAGUGAGAUUUUUUAAAUAAAAUCCACAUGUGAUUGCAGUGGUAAACGAUAGAUUUUAUAAUUGUUAAUUUAUUGAGUGUUCUUGAAU